ACUUUCAAACACCGAACGGAGGCAAAAAUUCUGCCACUUCGCCAGUCGAUUACAAGCCUCGAUCCGAUUCGGUUCGAUUCUUUUGGUGGUGCUUUACGUUGUAAGGAAGAUCGUGAGAAUAAUAAUAACUGAUAAUAUUGGUUUUUAUCGACAAAUUUUGGUAAACAUUGAACAAGCCUGAACCGAGAAACAUGUCGAAAACAUUCUCAGCAUCGCAAGUGUCGAUGCACAAUAAGGAGAAGGAUCUAUGGAUCAUAUACAAAGAUGGCGUUUACGACGUAACGAAAUUUCUGAAGGAACAUCCAGGCGGUGAGGAAGUGUUGAUUGAUCUAGCUGGAAAAGACGCGACUAAAUGUUUCGACGACGUUGGACAUACCAUCGAGGCUAUACAACUUCGCGAAACUUAUAAAAUAGGAACGGUGGAUAACACAGCUUCCGCAGAACAGUCGCCUUCCAGUGGCGUGCAAGGAGCGACGAUAGACGACGACAACUGGGAUUACCAGCCAUUGGAAAACAAAUCGUCACCGUGGCUUCCGGUUUUCGUAACAGCUGGCGUCCUCAUUUACUCGAUCCUUUUUUACUACUUUUGGUUCUCGUAAGGGGAGUAACAAUCGUCGAAUAGAAAUUACCCGCAUGCGACAUAACACAAUCCUGACGAAUAGAAAACAUUUAUUUAAAAAAAGUAUCAUCGACAAUGUAUAUAUUAAUUAUUUCUGUUGCUUGCAUUCAAUGAAAAGGAAAUACACAAUCGUGACGAAUAAAACGCUUAUUUAUUUUUUGAAAAUAUCACGGGCAAUGUGUAUAUUAAUUAAUCUGGUUGUUCCUAUUCGAUGAAAAGAAAAACACCAGAGAGAGAGAGAGAGAGAGAUCAAAAUUCGAUAAAAUUACUACUAAGAUAAGAUAACGCUUUAUCUUGACGUCAAGGAAUUUAUCAAAUUUCACUUCGUAAUCAAACACUUUAUUUACGCGACAAACGUGAUAAAUAAUGAACACUUUCUUCUU